AUGAAGCAUCAUUAAGAAAGAAUAUUAAAGAAAUUUAAAUUUCUUAGCAGUAAAGAUAUAUUAAUAUCUUUCACUGGAGCAGUAUAACUAUUAAUAAUUAUUUUUUUAGCAUUCCCUAAAUAGAUAAACUAUUGGUAUUUUGGAGGUGCUCCUAAACUGGAUUGCAAAUAGUUAGUGGAGCUUUGGAGGUGAAGUCAUAGACUAUUUUUUCUAAAUAGUACUCAUGCUGGAUUGUUUGCUAAAUAAGGUAUGUUGAGAAUAAAGAAAUUAAAAGAUGAUGUAGAGGUUGAUUAAAGAAGAAAAGAAAAGAAAAGAAAGAUAAAAAAUAAUAGCAAAAUAAAGUAUAAAAUCCUAAUAAAUAAAUUAAAGAAGCAAAGAAAAUUUAAUCUUAAAAAGCUUAAGGAAAUAACAAAGAUAACGUAUAUAAAUUACAUUAUAUAUAUCAAUUAUUUUAUUUUCUUAAGGAAGGGAUACAAAAUUUUUCAAAAGAUUCCUACUGAUCUGGAAUAUUUACAAAAAUAUUAGUAAGAUCUUGCAAGAAUAAUAAGUUUUGUAUUGA